AUGUCUGUUUCUCUGUCAGGAAUCUCAGCUGAUAUGGCUUUACUACCUGCUUCCGGUAUUGGGAAGAAGGUUCCUACUUUGAAAUCUCGCAUCAAUUCAUCAAGCCGAAGUUUGAAAGCUCUCACUUCUAGAUCUGGCCUACUGUUUGCUGAUUCCCCACCAUAUUUNAAUCCUUCAGCUCAGAAUCCGACACAAGCUCUCACCGGAUUUCUCUUCUUCAUGCCAUCAGUUCGUUGCCUUGUUGUGGAGACCGCCGGAUUCUCCAUGCGCUGCGGAUCAACAAGGGUUGUGAAGAGCGCCCGAGUACCAUUGGGGUCAUUUUCAUUGUCCACACCGACGGAGAUGAGUUCGUUGACGGGAACACCAUCCAUCUUAGGCCCGGUUAUCGAAAUGGCGAUCACAUCUUUGUUGAAUCUUAAUGGAUCAUAUGCUCCUCUUAGUACCGAGGAUCCUGGAAAUUCGAGGUACGCUUGUCACUCUUUCCCGGUGAGAUGCUGA